GGAGUUGCCCUCCCAAAAAACAUUCGAAGUUUAGAGGGUUUAAGAUUAGGGCACCAAAAGUGAAAAAAGAAAAUAUCAAAGAGGAGAAAAUUGUGGCAUUGUGUGAUUCACUGAUUUGGGGGAUAAAUUAGCAGAAAGAUCAGCAAAAAAAGAACGGAAUAUUGCCCUAUAAGAUCUUGAUUUCGGUAUAUUUUUCCCUAAUUGACUCCGAUCGAUCAGCUUACUUCGAUUUUGAAACUAUUUGACGGAGGGUUUUUGAGCUCGGAGAUCCUCCGGAUUUAGAAGUAUAUAAUCGGAUCCCGUUAAAUUGAUUGAUUUGUUGUGUUGAUUUUAUGUUUUCGGCGGACGAGUGUUGAUUAAAACGAUGAAAUGGGUGUCAUUGCUUAAAGACUUCAAAGAGAAGGUAGGGUUAUCAGCGCCUACGUCGUCUGCCUCCUCGUCAUCUUUCUAUCUUGAUCACAAUAGUAACAAUGCCACUUCUUCGAGCUACAAUGAUCCCUUGUCAAGAGAAAAAUAUGAACUGGAAUUGGACUUCAAGAGAUCUUGGGAAGAGUUCCGCACAUCGACUUCAGAGAAGGAGAAGGAAAAAGCCUUGAAUGUCACUAUCGAUGUCUUCUGUAGAUUAGUAAAUCAGCAUUCUAAUGCAGCACAAAUGAUUACCAUGUUAGUAGAGACACACAUAUUUUGUUUUGUCGUGGGUAGAGCAUUUGUCUCAGAUAUCGAAAAAUUAAAAAGUAGCAGCAAAGCAAGAUCUUUGGAGAUCCAAAAUGUGAUAGAUUUUUUCUCAGAGGUUACAAAGGAUGGAAUCCAGGCUGGUUCAAAUUUGUUACAUGCAGUGGAAUUCCUCGUUACUGGGGCGAUUGAUAAACAAUCUCUCCUUGAUUCUGGGAUCUUCUGUUGUCUCGUUCAAAUUCUUAAUGCUCUUUUGGGCUCUGAUGGAGGGAAUGCACGGCAGAAUGUUGUCAAUGUUGAAGAGGAACCCAAGGUAACAGAAAAUGUGGCUCCAGAUCGGCGGCUUGAGGUAGAGGGCAGCAUUUUGCAUAUCAUGAAGGCACUGGCAAGCCAUCCUGCAGCUGCACAGAGUCUGAUUGAAGACAAUUCUCUUCAGCUACUGUUUGAGAUGGUUGCCAACGGGUCUUUGGUUUUAUUUUCAAGAUACCAAGAAGGUCUUGUCCCCUUGCACACAAUUCAGCUCCAUAGGCAUGCGAAGCAGGUACUAGGUCUUCUUCUGGUUAAUGACAAUGGGAGCACUGCUGAGUACAUAAGGAAACACCAACUGAUAAAAGUACUCUUAAUGGCCGUGAAGGACUUUGAUCCUGAACAUGGAGACCCUGCGUAUACAAUGGGUAUUGUAGACUUGUUGCUUGAAUGUGUGGAAUUGUCAUAUAGACCUGAGGCUGGUGGUAUCAGGCUCAGGGAAGACAUUCAUAAUGCUCAUGGAUACCAAUUUCUCGUUCAGUUUGCAUUAGUUCUUUCAAGAGAGCACGGCUCUCAAACUAGUUCUCCAAGUUUUCAUUCUGAAAAAGUUUCGGAUUCAGUAGGGUCAAAGACGACUAAUGACAUGGACAUGCAGGACGAAAAGGGAAGAGGGGACACCUCAUCACAAUCCCUCUCGCCCACACUUUCUAGGCUGCUUGAUGUUCUUGUUAAUCUAGCUCAAACAGGCUCAACGGACGUGAUUGGGUCGCCCGGCUCAAAGGGUACAAAAAAUCAUGUAAAUGCUGGUGGCAGGAGUCAAUCUUUGUCAUCUGACCGGUUCAGUGAUGAUGUUUGGGAGAAGGACAAUUACAAAGUUAAGGACUUAGAAGCUGUCCAAGUGCUGCAGGACAUUUUUCUCAAAGCAGAUAGUAGCGAACUUCAGUCCGAGGUGCUGAAUAGAAUGUUCAAGAUAUUCUCGGGUCAUCUCGAAAACUACAUGUUGUGUCAGCAAUUGCGAACGGUACCCUUGUUGAUCCUCAAUAUGGGUGGCUUCCCGCCUCCUUUGCAAGAAACUAUCUUAAAGAUUCUUGAGUAUGCCGUGACUGUUGUAAAUUGCAUACCUGAGCAAGAGUUGCUUUCGCUUUGCUGCUUGUUGCAACAACCAAUAACAUCUGAGUUGAAGCACACUAUCCUGGCGUUCUUUGUAAAGCUGGUGUCUUUUGAUCAACAGUACAAAAAGUUCCUACGAGAAGUUGGUGUGCUGGAGGUUUUAUUAGAUGAUCUCAAGCAGCACAGGUUUCUUGUGGGCCCAGAUCAGCAGAACAACGAUAACACUGGCAAGCUGGACAGGAAGUCCAGCCCGAAUGGUUUCAAGAAACAUCUGGACGGUAAAGAUGCAAUUCUAUCGUCUCCUAAAUUAUUGGAUUCUAGUUCUGGGAAGUUGUCUCUUUUUGAAGCUGAACGCACAAUUCCAGUUGCUUGGGACUGUUUGGUUUCAUUAUUGAGAAAAGCUGAACAUAAUCAAGUGAAGUUCCGUUCCGCUGAUGGUGUAACUACUGCGCUUCCUUUUUUGGCAUCUGAUGAUCACCGUCCUGGUGUCCUCCGGGUAUUAUCAUGCUUAAUCAUCGAGGAUUCUGUACAGGCUCAUCCUGAUGAAUUGGGCUCACUGGUUGAGAUUUCAAAGAGUGGGAUGGUGAUCAGCACUUUGGGAUCUCAAUACAAGCUUCGAGAUGAUGCAAAAUGUGAUAUUUUAGGAGCCAUAUGGCGAAUUUUAGGAGCCAACAGUUCUUCUCAGAGAGUGUUUGGUGAAGCCACCGGGUUUGCUCUUAUUCUUACUACACUUAACGGUUUCCAAGGAGAUAAAGAGCAAAUUCGCCAAUCCUCCUUAACAGUUUGCAUCAAAGUUUUCACAUAUCUGGUACGCGUAAUCACUGCUGGAGUAUGCAACAAUGCCGUUAAUAGAGUAAAGCUACAUGUGAUUAUAUCUUCACAAAGUUUUUGUGAUCUUUUAUCCGAGUCUGGAUUGAUCUGUGUGGAGUGUGAAAAGCAAGUCAUGCAGCUGCUGUUUGAACUUGCUCUUGAGAUUGUGCUUCCACCGUCCUUCACACCAGAAACUACAGAACCAUCAGAUGAUCGUGGCGAUGUCUUUGCUUUCCGGAUAGUUACUCCAGCUUCGUGCAUUCCUGAUAAGCAGCGUAUAUAUAAUGCUGGUGCACUGUGGGUUCUCAUCCGUUUGUUGUUGCUUUUUAGUCCAAAACUUCAGCUGGAGUUUCUAAAACUUAUUGAAAUACUUGCUCUUGCUGGCUCUUUUAACCAGGAAAGCCUUACAUCUGCAGGUUGUGUGGAACUUCUUCUUGAGACAAUAUAUCCCUUCCUUUCUGGGUCAUCCCCUCUACUAUCCCAUGCUUUAAGGAUUAUUGAAGUACUUGGGGCUUAUAGGUUGUCAUCAGCAGAACUACGGGUGAUUGUAAGAUAUAUUUUGCAAGUGAGACAGAUGAAAUCUAGUCAUAUCCUUAUUGAUACGAUGGAGAGGUUAAUCCUAAUGGAAAAUACGGCUUCAGAAAACAUUCCUCUUGCACCAUUUGUAGAGAUGGAUAUGAGCAAAUCUGGGCAUGCUUCUAUCCAAGUACCAUUGGGUGAGAGAUCAUGGCCCCCGGCUGCUGGGUAUUCAUUCGUUUGUUGGUUUCAAUUUCGAAAUUUGUUGAAAUCAGACAUCAAAGAAUCAGAAUCUUCCGAGGCUGGAUUUUCUAAAAGACAUACAAGCACAACAGGUCCACAAGUCAUGCGCAUAUUCUCCGUUGGUGAUACCGAUGGGGGUAAUAACUUCUAUGCAGAAGUUUAUCUUCAAGAAGAUGGAACUUUAACCCUUGCAACCAGCAAUUCGUCUUCCUUAUCUUUUUCGGGUUUAGAUAUAGAUGAAUACCGAUGGCAUCAUCUUGCUGUGGUGCAUAGCAAACCGAGUACCUUGGCUGGACUAUUCCAAGCUAGUGUUUCCCAUGUCUAUCUUAACGGAAAGCUUAGACAAACGGGAAAACUAGGAUACUCUCCCUCCCCUGCUGGCAAAUCUUUGCAGGUAACCAUCGGGACACCUGUUUCUUGUGCAAGGGUCAAUGACAUAUCGUGGAAAAUCCGGUCUUGCUAUCUAUUUGAAGAAGCUUUGACACCAGGGUCUAUUUGUUUUAUCCAUAUUCUGGGCAGAGGGUAUAGGGGCCUUUUUCAAGAUACCAACCUUUUGCAAUUUGUCCCAAACCAGGCUUGUGGUGGUGGAAGUAUGGCCAUCUUAGAUUCCCUUGAAACUGAUUUGGUGUUGGCUUCUAACACGCAGAGACCUGAUGCUAAUAAACAAAUGAGCUCUAAGGCGGAUCGCAGUGGCAUUGUGUGGGAUCUUGAAAGAUUAUGGAAUCUUUCCCUACAGCUUUCUGGACGAAAGCUAAUAUUUUCAUUUGAUGGGACAUCUACAGAAGCUUUUGAAGCAUGUGGAACUUUGUCGAUGCUCAAUUUAGUUGAUCCAUUGUCAGCGGCUGCUUCUCCAAUUGGAGGUAUACCACGCUUUGGGCGUCUUCAUGGGGAUAUUUAUGUAUGUAAGCAUUCUAUAAUAGGUGAAACCAUGCGCCCCAUCGGUGGAAUUGCCAUUGUGUUAGCCCUGGUUGAAGCAGCCGAAACCAGAGACAUGCUACAUAUGGUGCUGACACUGCUUGCUUGUGCACUUCACCAAAAUCCACUGAAUGUUAAAGACAUGCAAUCGUAUAGAGGAUAUCACUUGCUAGCACUCCUUUUGCGUCCUAAAAUGUCAAUAUUUGAUAUGCAUUCACUCGAGAUCUUUUUCCAGAUUGCUGCUUGUGAUGCUUCUUUUCCUGGACCAAAUAAGUUGGAAAAAACUAAUAAUCUGUCACCUGUUGUCACAAAUGUCCAUGAAGCCAGCUUUGAGGAUCUUAAUAUGUCGAAGUUUAACGAUGAAGCUUCGUCAGUUGGUUCACCAGGAGACAUGGAUGAUUUUUCUGUGAAUAAGGAUGCGUUCAGUCAUAUCUCAGAACUCGAUAAUGGUGAUUUGUCAACCGAAACAUCAAACUGCAUGGUUCUUUCAAAUGCAGAUAUGGUUGAACACGUGUUAUUGGAUUGGACUGUUUGGGUAGCGGCAUCAGUUCCAAUACAAAUUUCUCUUCUGGGAUUUCUCGAGAAUCUCGUUUCGACGCAUUGGUACCGGAAUCAUAAUCUUACAAUUUUGCGUAGGAUAAACCUCGUUCAACAUCUAUUAGUGACACUACAAAGGGGUGACGUUGAAGUUCCUGUACUAGAAAAAUUAGUCAUGCUGCUAGGGGUAAUUUUGGAAGAUGGGUUUGUCAUUUCUGAACUGGAACAUGUUGUUCGGUUUGUGAUUAUGACGUUUGAUCCUCCACAACUGACAUCAAGGAGUCAGAUACUUAGAGAGUCAAUGGGGAAGCACAUUAUCGUUAGAAAUGUGCUUCUUGAGAUGCUAAUUGAUCUUUUAGUGACCAUUAAAUCAGACGAGCUUCUUGAGCAGUGGCAUAAGGUUGUUUCAUCCAAGUUGAUAACGUAUUUUUUUGACGAAGCUGUUCAUCCUACUAGUAUGAGAUGGGUCAUGACUCUUCUCGGUGUGUGUCUUACCUCUUCUCCUACUUUUUCUCUCAAAUUUCGCACAAGCGGAGGAUAUCAAGGAUUGGUGAGGGUGCUUCCUAGUUUCUACGACACUCCCGAUAUAUAUUACAUUCUGUUUUGUCUUAUAUUUGGCAAGGCCGUUUAUCCAAGAGUACCCGAAGUUCGUUUGUUGGACUUUCACGCCCUUAUGCCAAGUGAUGGAAGUCAUCCGGAGUUGAAAUUUCUAGAACUGUUGGAUUCCGUGAUUGCUAUGGCGAAAUCUACAUUUGAUCGGUUGUCCCUCCAGCUAAUGCUUGCCUAUGAAAGUGGCGAUCUGAAUCAGGUUGAUGCUGGGAUCGUGGCGGAGCUUGUGAAUGGAAAUACAGAGAUGACUGGAGAGCUUCAGGGAGAAGCUCUGAUGCACAAAACUUACGCUGCCCGUCUCAUGGGUGGAGAUGCUUCGGCCCCUGCUGCUGCAACUUCCGUCCUUAGGUUCAUGGUUGAUUUAGCCAAAAUGUGUCCUCAGUUUUCUUCUGUGUGCAGACGAGCUGAAUUUCUUGAGCACUGUGUGGAUCUUCAUUUCUCUUGUGUCAGGUCAGCUCAUGCUGUGAAGAUGGCAAAAAAAUUGUCCGUGAAGUCAGAAGACAAAAAUCUGAAUGAUUCAGAUGAUACGACUAGUUCUCACAAUAGCCUCCCACUUGAGCAGGAACAGUGUGAAAAAACCUCCAUAAGUCUCGGAACUUCCCCUCCACAACAUGCAAGUACAAGUUCCGAAGAUAUUCCCGUUGCCACAAGCAAUUUGGAUGAAUAUAAGGCAAAUGAUGUAACCUUAUCCCCACAGGAAUCACACAAGUCAGUCGGAGAAGUUGAUCAGGUUUCUGCUGUGAUAUCUGACGGUAAAGAUUUCGGUUCCCAUGAUCUCAAAAUCACUCCGGAGCCUGUUCGCCAAACUAGUUCACUAAGUUCCAUAUCUUUAAAUAUAUUUGAUUCCACCGGGGUUCAGCAAAUACCCACGUCAUCACAAAUUCUUGCAACGAGUUCAUGGCAGAAUGCUAGUGUCAAUGAAUCAAAACCCAAGUUAGCUGCCUCUCCUUCCAUGGCAUCUUCUAUAUCUAUGUCUGUAUCUUUGUCUGAGUUUGAUACAGCUUCAGACCCGAAAUGCACUUCCCGAGUCCCAAAUGCCACAGACACGAAUUUCUCAAUUAACCCAGGAAUGCUUCUUGAUGCGGAUGAUUCUGGUUACGGAGGUGGUCCUUGUUCAGCAGGAGCAACUGCCGUUUUAGAUUUUAUGGCUGAAGUUCUUUCUGAUUCUGUAACCGACCAGAUGAAAGCUGCAAUCGUUAUAGAGAACAUUUUGGAAAGCGUUCCGUUGUAUGUUGAUGCUGAAUCUCUCUUGGUUUUCCAGGGUUUAUGUCUUAGUCGACUGAUGAACUUUCUUGAAAGGCGGAUCUUGCGUGAUGAUGAGGAAGACGAGAAGAAACUUGAUAAAACACGGUGGUCAUCGAAUUUAGACGCUUUGUGUUGGAUGAUAGUUGAUCGUGUAUAUAUGGGUGCUUUUCCCGAGCCUGCUUCUGUACUCAAGACUUUGGAAUUCUUGUUGUCGAUGUUGCAGCUGGCAAAUAAGGACGGUAGAAUCGAACAAGCAGCUCCACCCGGAAAAGGACUCCUGUCUAUUGGUAGAGCGAAGCAACUCGAUGCAUACAUACUUGCAAUGUUUAAGAAUAUGAAUCGUACCAUUAUGUACUGUUUUCUUCCAUCGUUCUUGAUCUCCGUUGGAGAAGAUGAACUUCUUUCACAUCUCGGUUUGCAAAUCGAGACAAAGAAGAGAGUGGUUCUUAAUGCAUCACAAGAGGACGGAGUGAUAGAUAUUUGCACGGUGUUACAGCUACUUGUUGCUCAUAAACGAAUAAUAUUCUGCCCAAGUAACUUUGACAACGAUCUAAAUUGCUGCCUGUGUAUAAAUUUAAUAUCUCUUCUACAUGAUCAGCGGCAGAAUGCACAGAAUUUGGCAGUUGACGUUCUCAAGCAUCUUCUAGUGCAUCGUAAAACGGCACUCGAGGACCUGCUCGUCUCCAAACACAACCAAGGACCGGUUUUGGAUGCUUUACAUGGCGGAUUUGAUAAACUUCUUACUGGAAGUACACCAUCUUUCUUUGAAUGGCUUCAAACUUCUGAACUUCUUGUUAGUAAAACGUUGGAACAGGGUGCUGCAAUUAUGUGGGUUCAGUAUAUUGCUGGGUCGGUAAAGUUUCCGGGAGUGCGAAUCAAAGGUAUGGAUGGUCGUCGUAAGAAAGAGAUGAGUAGAAAAUCGAAGGAAUCAAGAAAGUUGGACCAAAGACAUUGGGAUCAAAUUAAGGAACGGAGAAUUGCAUUGGAAUUGGUCUGUGAUCAGAUGUCUACUGAAUUGGGGGUUGUUCGUCAAGAUAAGUAUGGAUGGGUACUUCAUGCUGAAAGUGAGUGGCAAAUGCAUCUUCAACAACUUGUACACGAGCGAGGUAUAUUCCCGUUGCGUAAGUCGGUUUUAAUCGAAGAGCCUGAAUGGCAGCUUUGCCCGAUUGAAGGCCCGUAUAGAAUGCGGAAAAAGAUCGAGCGUUGCAAACUGAAAGCAGAUACGAUUGAAACUAUUUUAAGUGGGGAGUUUGAAGGUGGGGAAUUAUACAUUGAGAAAAAUGAAGUUGACUCGAGUAAUUGUGGUUGUGAGUCGGGUCCUUUCUCAAAUCUUUUGCCGUAUGUCGGAAAACAGGAAUCCGAUGACGAAGAGGUGUUUGGUGAUUCGAUGUUUAAAGAAUCAGAUGGUGUAAAAGAUGUCAGUUCCAGUCGGGUCGGAUGGAAUGAUGAUAAAGAUAGUAGUAUUUUUGAGGCAAGUAUUCAUUCAGCUGCUACAUUUAGUGUUAAGUCGAGUUCAGUAGCUGCACCAAAAUCAGAGAGCGUAAUAGAAAAAUCCGAUGUUGGUUCUCUUAGAAGGUACGCUUCAGUAAGGUCCGACAACGUUAGAUUGAUGGAGGACAAACUGGAUCGGGAAUCGAGUGACAACGGGAAGUACUUGAUUAGACCGUAUCUAGAACGUAAUGAGAAAAUCAAAUUGAGAUAUAAUUGUGAACGAGUUGUGUCUCUUGAUAAACAUGACGGUAUUUUUCUGAUAGGAGAACUCUGCCUUUACGUUAUAGAGAACUUCUAUAUCGAUGAUUCAGGGUGCAUCUGUGAAAAGGAAUGUGAAGACGAUCUUUCGGUUAUUGACCAAGCUUUAGGUGUAAAGAAGGAUACGUCUAUAAGGGUGUACUCCCAUUCGAAGUCAACCACAUCCGCGUACACCGGGGGCAGAGCAUGGGCAUACAGUAGUGGUGCAUGGAGUGAGGAAAACGCCGCUAGCAGUAACAAUGUACCUCAUCUAUGGCGAAUGUGGAAGCUUAAUAGCGUCCAUGAAAUUUUGAAGCGGGAUUACCAGCUGCGUCCUGUUGCUGUUGAAAUAUUCAGCAUGGAUGGAUGUAACGAUCUUUUGGUUUUCCAUAAAAAGGAGAGGGAGGAAGUUUUCCGAAAUCUGCUGGCAUUGAAUCUUCCAAGAAACAGCAUGUUGGACACCACAAUAUCGGGAUCGGUUAAACAAGAAAGCACUUUCAAGAUUAUGGCUAAAUCCUUCUCCAAGAGGUGGCAAAAUGGAGAAAUUAGCAACUUCCAGUACCUUAUGCACCUCAACACACUUGCGGGUCGUGGGUACAGUGAUCUUACUCAGUAUCCUGUCUUCCCUUGGAUUUUGUCAGAUUAUGAGAACGAAAAUUUGGACUUCACCAAACCAGAAACAUUCCGUAGACUUGACAAGCCCAUGGGCUGUCAAACAAUAGAGGGGGAGCAGGAGUUCAGGAAAAGGUAUGACAGCUGGGAUGAUCCUGAGAUUCCCAAAUUUCAUUACGGUUCUCACUAUUCGAGUGCUGGAAUCGUCCUCUUCUAUCUUAUACGCUUGCCACCAUUUAGUACAGAAAAUCAAAAGCUGCAGGGUGGGCAGUUUGAUCAUGCUGACCGGCUUUUCAAUAACAUACGUGAUACAUGGUCAAGUGCAGCUGGAAAAAGCAACACCUCAGAUGUAAAGGAAUUGGUCCCGGAAUUCUUUUAUAUGCCAGAGUUCUUGGAAAACCGUUUUGAUCUUGAUCUUGGGGAGAAACAAUCAGGAGAAAAGAUUGGAGAUGUUGGAUUGCCUCCUUGGGCAAAAGGUAGUACUAGAGAGUUCAUCAAGAAGCAUAGGGAAGCUCUGGAAUCUGAUUAUGUUUCGGAGAAUUUACAUCACUGGAUCGAUCUUAUUUUCGGUUACAAACAACGAGGGAAGGCGGCUGCGGAAGCUGUAAACGUUUUCUACCACUACACAUAUGAGGGGAGUGUCGAUAUAGAUGCAGUUGCAGAUCCCGGAAUGAAAGCAGCGAUUCUUGCUCAAAUUAAUCACUUUGGCCAAACACCGAAGCAACUUUUCCAAAGGCCGCACGUGAAGAGGAGGACGGAUAGGAAGCCGCCCCUUAAUCCGCUUAAGUUAUCCGCACGUCUUAGCCCACACGAGAUUCGUAAGAUUGAAUCUUCUAUAGCGCAAAUUGUUACCAUUAACGACAAGAUUUUAAUGGUGGGCACAAACAACUUUAUCAAACCGAGGACCUACGCCAAGUAUGUUUCGUGGGGUUUCCCCGAUCGUAGCUUGAGGUUCAUGAGCUACGAUCAAGAUCGGCUUUUGUCGACCCAUGAAAACCUUCACGGAGGCCACCAGAUCCAGUGUGCGAGUGGUAGCCACGAUGGUCAACUUCUGGUCACCGGUGCCGAUGAUGGGUUGGUUUGCGUUUGGCGGAUAGGAGCCUACGGUGGACCCCGUGCACCACGAAGAUUGACCUUGAAACAAGCCCUUUGUGCUCACACGGCUAAAGUCACCCGUCUUUACGUUUGCCAGCAGUACAUGACGAUUAUAAGUGGUUCAGAAGACUGCACCGUCAUCAUAUGGGAUCUCAGCUCUUUGGUUUUUCUCCGACAGCUUCCCGAGUUCCCGUUUCCGAUUUCGGCUGUAUACAUGAACGACUUGACCGGCGAAAUCGUGACUGCGGCAGGCAUUUUGCUUGCAGUUUGGAGCAUAAACGGAGACUGCAUCUCCGUUGUCAACACAUCUCAACUACCAUCCGAUAUUAUCUUGUCUGUAACGACUUGUACGUUCUCCGAUUGGCUCGAAACGAACUGGUACGUAUCGGGUCACCAAAGUGGAGAUAUUAAGGUAUGGCAAAUGGUUCACAGUUCUUUUGAAAUUGCUAAAACUCAAAAACAUCCUUCUGCAAAUGUGCAUUGUGGGUUAGGUCUCAAUGGUAAAUUACCAGAAUACACAUUAUUGCUACAUAAAGUACUCAAGGGCCAUAAGGAUUCAGUCACUGCACUUCAUCUUUCAAGUGAUAUGAAGUUAUUGUUGAGUGGUGAUUCUGGUGGCCAUUUGUUCUCAUGGACAUUUCCAGAUGAAACUUUGAGAAAUUCAGUUAAACGGGGGUGAUCGAGAUGCGACGGUUUUAGUAAUUUGGCAAAAAAAACCCAAUUGGGUUCGGUGUCCAUCCUUCAAAGAGGGCUUGUGACGAGUCAAAGUCAAAGUCAAUCUUACGCGAAAAGGGUUGGCCGGGGAUUGAGAAAGGGAUGAACAAGGGUGAAGAAAGGGCCAAGAUUGGUUUCGGGUGAGUGAGAUCUUGGCUUUGCAAAAAGAUUAUAAAGACAAAGGACACGGUACCCUUACGAAAGCAUUAUAAGCAAACAAUAAUUCUACCUAAAUGAGGCAAACGUUUACAUCACUAAUGAUGACUCAAAGCUUACAAGUUGCAUUGUGGGUCGUGGGUUUGUGACGACUCGGAGUUGGGUGUUAUCGUGAUUUUCAAACUUGUGAUGGAGAUGUGGAAAGGGAAAACAAUUUGUUGAUUUGUUGUACAUAGAAGGUGUGGGGCUAAAUUUAUUGAACUUUUGGGGAGGUGUUUGUGGUGGUGACGAUGGAUGGGUCAUGGGUGCACUGCGCACACUGUUUUGGCUCGGGAUGUACAGUUCCAUUUUGUAAGUUAUGUUUAUUUGUUAUA